AAGAGUCAAGAAGAACGAAGAGUCUGUGAAGUGAAGAUCUAUAAGCCUUCUGAAAAUUCAACGUGAUUUUAACUCAUUGUGUAUUCAAUCAUCUGAAUUAUUUAAAUUUUAAUUGAAUCACGACUUACUUGUUUUAAUUUAUUUCGCCUCAUUUUUUGUAUUUUUCAUUUUCAAUAUUUUUACAACAACCUCGUCAUAUUCAACAUGAUUCAUGUAGACGAGUCAGACCCAGUUGGCGAAAUAGAGCCCGCCUUUCCAUACAGAGAUGUAACAGUAAGGCGCGAAAGUAAUUUUACUAAUAAUUAUGAUUUGGAAUUAGAACUCGGUCGUGGGAAAUUCGGAACUGUUUAUCUUUGUAAAGAUAAAAGGAAUGAUCUCAGAUUAGCGGUUAAAAUAGUAAAUAUCACGAAAAAAGAAGACAGAAGAUCUGUUGAAAGGGAAGUUGAGAUUAUGAGACGAUUACAGCAUCCACGACUUAUACAACUUUAUGAUGCUGUUGAUACAAAAAAGCAGUUUUAUGUUGUUUUGGAAUUGAUUGAAGGAGGUGAGUUAUUUGAACGUGUAAUAGAUGAUGAUUUCGUUCUUACGGAACGUAGUUGUGCAGUAUUCAUGCGACAGAUUUGUGAAGGCAUAGAAUUUGUACAUUCACAAAAUAUUUUGCAUCUUGAUUUAAAGCCAGAAAAUAUAUUGUGCUUAACCAAAGAAGGCAAUAGAAUAAAGAUAAUAGACUUCGGCUUAGCAAGACUCUACGACCCGAAAAAAAAAUUACAAGUAUUAUUUGGUACACCGGAGUUCGUGGCGCCUGAAGUGGUCAAUUUUGAUGAAAUUGGAUUUGGCACAGAUAUGUGGAGCAUUGGAGUUAUUUGCUACGUUUUACUGUCCGGAUUAUCGCCGUUUAUGGGUGACACUGACAUUGAAACAAUGGCUAACGUAACAAUAGCAAAAUAUGAUUUUGAUCAUGAAGCUUUUGCUAACAUAUCGGAAGAGGCUAAGGAUUUUAUUCGUUGCCUCUUAGUCAAAAAUAAAGAAAAACGUGGAACGGCCAGUCAAUGCCGCAAUCACCCAUGGUUAAUUCGGAAAAAAGAACAACGAACUGCAAGCUUCAAAAAAAAAAAGCAACUUGAAGAAACACAAUUAUCAAAUUCCAAACAAUCGAUAAUAUCACCAAUUAAAAAUGAUACCAAGAAUAAAGGCAUUAAUAAAAAACAACAAGUACCUGAAAAUAGUCUGAAAGGCAAUAAUGAGCUAGAUGUAACCAAAGACAAUUUAAAAAUAUUUGUUGAACGCUGGAGAGAUCAUCCAAAUAGUCCAUACAUGAUGGAAAAUAAUUCACCAGAUUUAGAUUCACUAGCAAUAGCACGGAGUUCACAUCAAGUAAGUGGUUCCGUGUCACUACGAGGUCAAAGUCCAUCACCACCUGAAAGUAUUUGUAGCUUCACAUCAGAAAUUUCAGAAUCAUCAUCUCUAUUUGAUAAUAAUUAUCGUGAUAACAACAAGUCAUCAUUCUUGGAUGUCGUUGGUUUUUCUUGUUUUGAUCGUCGAGCAUCUGAAGGAUUUACAACUAAAUCCGACUUCCUACAUCAAUCACAGCAAUACCAGCAGCACUAUUCCGUACCAAAAGAUCAGUUAUCAAAAAUGCUACUUGCUGAGAACAUCAUAAAACUCUCUGAUCAACUUAGAUCACAGAUUUAUAUCACAUCAGCUGAUAAAACUACUGACUCUACAGAGAAUCAUCGUUGUGAAUCAAUAUCAUCAGUAUUGUCAACAACUGGGAAGUCAAAAUUAAGCAUACCAAAUAACAACGCAAAAGGAUCUAGUAGUGUUAUAACAAGAACAAAAACAACUGAAAAGAAUUCUAUUGUUCAGAAUAAGCAGAAUAAUAAUCAAGUCAAUGAAAUAACGGAAAAAUUGAUGUCGUUGAGUAGAAACAGGAAAUUAAAUGGUACAAAAUUUAAUGGUAAUAAAAGUUAUGAUGAGCAAAAGACAGUAAAUAGCACAGGAUUCACGCAAAUGAAGCCAUCAAUUAAAAUAACUGAUGCAGAAAAUAACAAUCAAAAUAUAGAUUUAACACCACCAUGGAGAAGAUCUAAAAUUAAGCACCGUUUUAGUGAAACAUGUCGUGAUGUACCACGAAUUUAUAGUUUACAAAAUAUACACAAAAGUAUAACUCUAGAUGAGCAAGCUACAAGUGCUAAAGAUUUGCUAUUACAAUUACUAGAUGUGUGGGAAGAGAAACAAACAAUGCAAUUAGGUGUACGCAGUAAAUCUAUCAGCAUUGACAGAAGUGAUGAAGAAAGUAUUGCUAGAAAAUCAAUUAAUACACUAGCUGAAUAUUUUCAAUCUGUCCAACAAUGUAACAAACAACCUAUCGAUACUGAUAGUGAUGAUUGACUUGAAAUUCUAAAACAAUCAUUGGAUUCAAUUUAUCAUUGAUUUUAAUGAUCAUAAUAGUAAAAACAGCAAUAAUAAUAUAAAAUAAUUCAUGCGUCUGUGGAUGCUUGAACAUGCGAGUAAUUUUAAUACUUAAUCAAUUUAAUAUUUAGUCAAUCAUUGAAUCAUUACUCACAUGUUAUUAAUUUAAUUGUCAUCUCUAAAUGACUCAAUAAAUAAUAAUUAAAGAAGUAUUUACUUCGAAUUAUAUCAAAUAUCAGUUAUGAAAUAACUCAAUAUCAUCUAUUAAAAAUAUGUACAAAAAGAAAAUGCAUAUUAUUAUUGAUAAGUCGGUUU